UGCAAAGUACCCACAUGGCAAAUUUCCAGUUUGUUGCAUGUCGGGAAGUACGCUAAACAUUUUGAACAGACACACAUAUUCACAACUUUGCCUUUUAUACAUAUAUGGAGAUGGGAUAGUGGCCAAGAUGGAGUGAUUAUUGUGUGAAGCGUGUGACCCGCUGAUGUGCACGGGGCUUCGCCCGGUACCGUAGCAUCCCACAAGCCACCGAGUCUGGGGUUGCUGGCCUCCUGAACAUGAGUCCUGAGAAUGAUUGAGGCUCUCCUACCUACAGUGAGUAAUUGGCGUUUAUAAAUGUCACAUUAUUGCAAGGGUCGAGCUAAGAUCAAUGCAUUUUCAACUUCGGUACCUACAGGAAAUAAAGUAAGCCUAUUAUUUUUAUUUACAUUUUAUUAAAUGGGGCUUCACUGUUGUGCUGCAUAGCUUCUCUUGAUGUGUUUACUGGUUGUACUUCGUGUUUUUCGAGAUGUCCAAAACUUUGCGUGACGUGCCCAGAGCUUCAGCAACUGCACAGUCUUAAUUACAUAAUGUGAACUGCCCCAUUCAGUUCCUGAAGGAGCUUCCAGCACGUGGAGCAAAACGUCGGACGUCAUGCCGAACAACACACGCGUUACAACCCCAAAACCACAUCGGAGAGCUAUUUACGUCUUGUUCAAGAGCGGUUUGUGGACAUAUGUGCCUGUUCUCAAACUGCACUGAUAACGGCGUGGAUGCUGUCCCUCAGGCUGCCGAUGGCAUGGUACGUGGGGGUGGACGUUGGCACUGCGAGCGUGCGGGCCGGCCUGGUCGAUCGCGACGGCAUGGUGCACGCAUGGGCCUCAGAGGAGAUACGCGUCCAUCAGCCGCAGGCUGGCCGCUAUGAGCAAGACUCGCAGGACGUGUGGCGGGCGUGUUGUCACGUCGUCAGGCAAGUGACCUCAAAUGUGGACGUGCAUCAGAUACGUGGGAUAGGUUUUGAUGCCACAUGCUCGCUGGUGGUUCUGGAUGAAGACUUUGGCCCGCUUCCAGUAAAUGAAGAAGGGGAAAGGUGCCGUAAUAUUGUGAUGUGGUGCGACCACCGUGCCAUCGGUGAGGCGGACCAGAUAAAUUGCACGCGACAUGCGGCCUUGGCAUCACUCGGCGGGGUCAUGUCUCCUGAGAUGCAGCCCCCAAAGCUGCUGUGGCUUAAACGGAAUCUCCCAGACUCGUGGAAGAAGGCACGGCAUUUUUUUGAUCUUCCGGAUUUCUUGACGUGGAAGGCAACAGGAUCUCUGACCAGAUCUCUCUGCUGUGUGGUGUGCAAAUGGACUUACAACGUGGACAGUGGAUGGGAUCAAUCUUUCUGGGAUGAGAUUGGAUUAUCUGACAUUUGCCAAGAAGGAUAUUCAAGAAUAGGUGUUGACUUCCUGGGACCUGGCCAGCCCCUGUCAGGGGGCCUGACCAUGCAUGCAGCCGAUGAGCUGGGCCUUCACCCUGGCACUGCUGUGGGAGCUGCUCUCAUAGAUGCACAUGCCGGCACUAUCGGUGUGAUUGGAGGAGACGUCACUGGCUUGGGCCUGGCCUGUGAAAGCCAGCCAAUCACAGCACGGUUAUCAAUGAUUGGUGGCACAUCAACCUGUCACAUGGCUCUGAGCGACAAGGCGCUGUUUGUCGGUGGUGUGUGGGGUCCGUACUACUCCGUGGUGCUUCCUGGACUUUGGCUCAACGAGGGAGGACAGAGUGCCACAGGAAGCCUGAUUGAACAUAUAGUGACUGGUCACCCUGCAUACAAUGAGCUGAAGAAAAUUGCUGAUGCCAGCGGUCAGUCAACCUAUGAAUGGCUGAAUCGACGAGUGGUUUCUAUGGCAACUGAGGGAGCUGCACCUGCUACUUUGACAUCUGACCUCCACGUGUGCCCGGAUUUCCAUGGCAACCGAUCCCCGCUAGCCGACUCUUCCCGCAAGGGAAUGGUGAUUGGUUUGGACUUGAGCCACACAUGUGAUAGCCUGGUGCAACUCUACUUGGCCACCCUGCAAGCCCUUGCUCUUGGGACACGCCACAUUCUUAAUGCGAUGACACAAUCGGGCCACAAUGUGAGCGCAAUAUUCAUGUGUGGAGGGCUGAGCAAAAAUUCAUUGUACGUGCAGGCACAUGCAGAUGCCACAGGUCUCCCUGUUGUGCUUCCAGCAGAGGCCGAGGCUGUGGUGGUUGGGGCAGCCAUCUUGGGAGCUUGCGCCUCUAAGGAUUUUACAUCCAUGCAGGAGGCAAUGCAGCACAUGGUAAGGGUUGGCAAGGUGAUUCAUCCAGACCCUGCUGUAAGAAGCUUCUAUGAGAGGAAGUACAAGGUGUAUAUGCUCAUGGGCCGUAAUCAACUGGAGUAUCGCUCGCUUAUGAGUUCUACGGACCACCGUGCCAACUCGUAAUCAAGGGCAGAUGAACGACUAUAAUAAAUGAUUAGUAAACGCAGUUGUGCCAAAGAACAAAAUGUAUUCAUUUAUCGAUGCAUUGAUUGAACGUGUAUUCACAAAUCUCCUUUGUAACUAUGACAAGUAAAUAUGCAGCCCAGCAAUGUUUUGGUCACGUAACCAUCACGGCAUGGCGAAGGGCCUCCGCUGGAGAGAGCUUGGAAUUGCGUCCAAUAUUUACUCUGUUCAGUUUUAAAUCAAAUGGAUUAUUGAAACACGCUUUAUAGUUUGAACUCAUGAAAUGAAGUCUCCAGGUGAUAUCUAAAGUGGUAUUUACACGAUCAGUAAUUUGUGUACACUAUCACUGCUUAUAUGAACACUAAGUAAAUUCAAUUAGGUUUAUGAAUUGUACAACUUUUAAAUGGCAAGAUUGUCAAAAUGAAUAUGCAAAAUACUGAUUUUUCAUUCUACUGUAAUAACACUUUUAUAAAGUGAUUUUAAUAAACGUGAUUGCAAUGUA